AUGAUGCGCUCACUACUUGUGCUUGUCGCCGCCAGCUUGGCCGCUGCUGAAACCGGCAUCGACGCCUGGCUGCGCUAUGCGCCUGUUUCCUCUCCUCCGUCUAGCCAGAAUCUACCUUCAAGCAUCAUUUCUUUGAAUGCCACAGCAAAUGGACCUGUGCAUAUAGCUGCUGUGGAGCUACAGAAAGGCCUCGCGGGCAUCUUGAAUCACAACCUCUCGGUCAUUUACCCUGCCAGUUACCAGCCUAGUAACAGCACGUCAUCCAUCCUCGUCGGCACUGUGGCAGAGUAUGCAAACACCGCUGGCGGCUCCCCCAAAAUCCCCCAACUGGUGGAGGACGGGUACUGGCUCAAUACGACAGGCUCGACGGUUCAAAUCCUUGGCGAAAAUGAACGAGGUGCGCUCUAUGGUGCAUUCCAAUACCUUUCGAUGCUCGCACAGGGCAACUUCUCCAAUGUCGCAUAUGCUUCCAACCCGGACGCGCCGAUCCGCUGGGUGAAUCAAUGGGACAAUUUGGACGGGUCAAUUGAAAGAGGCUACGGUGGCCCUUCUGUUUUCUUUGAUAAUGGCACUGUUGUCAAUAAUCUUGACCGAGUUACGGCUUAUGGUCGCCUCCUGGCCUCGAUAGGCAUCAAUGCCAUUAUCGUCAACAAUGUCAAUGCCAACGCCUCUCUCCUGAGUACCGAGAAUGUAGAAGGGCUCGGAAGAAUCGCGGAUGCGUUCCGACCGUACGGAGUACAGGUUGGAAUCGCUCUGAAUUUCGCAUCUCCAACAGCCGGUCUAGUCUACGGAAAUCUCAGCACCUUCGAUCCGCUUGAUCCUGGUGUCAUCGCAUGGUGGACUAAUGUGACAGACGUUCUCUAUGAACGCGUUCCCGACAUGGCAGGCUACCUCGUCAAAGCCGACUCCGAAGGACAACCUGGACCUCUGACAUACAAUCGGACUCUGGCUCAAGGAGCAAACCUCUUUGCCAACGCUCUACAGCCGCACGGCGGCAUCCUCAUGUUUCGCGCGUUCGUCUACGACAGCACCACUUUGAAUGAAUCGGUAUGGACAGAGGACCGCGCCAAUGCCGCCGUCCAAUUUUUCACCGGGCUUGACGGUAAAUUUGCCGAAAAUGCGGUCGUGCAAAUCAAAUAUGGCCCCAUUGACUUCCAAGUGCGUGAGCCUGCGUCUCCACUUUUCGCCUACCUGCGAAACACGAGCCAGGCAAUCGAGCUAGAGGUUACCCAAGAGUAUUUGGGACAGCAGUGUCACCUGGUUUACCUGCCUCCGUUGUGGAAAACAGUCCUAGACUUCGAUAUGCGAGCAAACCGUACCCAGUCUCUUGUGCGUGAUAUCGUCACCGGCAAGCGCUUCAACAGACCUCUCGGUGGCGCCGCCGCUGUCGUAAACGUCGGAACCAACGACACCUGGUUGGGAAGUCAUCUCUCAAUGUCGAAUUUGUAUGGGUAUGGUCGCUUGGCAUGGAACUUUGCGGACGAUCCAGAAGCAAUCUUACAGGACUGGAUUCGGCUCACGUUCGGUUCCAAUCCAGCUGUCGUAGCCGCGAUCACCAACAUGUCCAUGUCGUCCUGGCCAGCGUACGAAAACUACACGGGCAAUCUCGGCAUUCAAACUCUGACGGAUAUUCUGUACACGCAUUACGGACCCAACCCCCAAUCUCAAGACAACAACCCAUGGGGCCAAUGGACCCGAGCAGACCACAAGACCAUUGGGAUGGACCGCACCGUGUCGAACGGGACCGGCUUCUCAGGACAGUACCCCGUGGAAGUCGCGGCCAUGUACGAAAAUAUCACGACCACGCCGGACAAUCUACUUCUAUGGUUCCACCACGUCAACUACACGCAGAAAUUGCACUCCGGCGAAAGUGUCAUCCAACACUUCUACAACGCCCACUAUGCGGGCGCAGACACGGCGCAGACCUACGUCACGCAGUGGGAAGGUCUCCAGGGCAAGGUUGACGAGGAGCGGUACAACGAGACACUCUUCCGAUUGAUAUACCAAGCAGGCCAUUCGAUUGUGUGGCGCGACGCAAUCACCAACUUCUACCACAACCUCUCGGGCAUCGCGGACAGCCAGGGCCGCGUUGGCAACCACCCGUGGCGUGUUGAGGCAGAGAGCAUGACCCUUUCGGGGUACGAGCCGUACACCGUCUCACCUUUCGAGGUUGCCUCGAACGUGACCGCCAUUGUGACAUCCACAAACAGCACGACAGGUACCGCGACGACGACGCUCAACUUCCCGAAUGGCACGUAUAACCUCGCCGUCAACUACUAUGACCUUUAUGGGGGCAAGUCGCAAUGGACAGUAUCCCUGAACAACCACACGGUCGGAUCGUGGGUUGGCAACCUUGAAGACACUAUAGGCCACACUCCUAGCAUCUAUCUCGACGGCCACUCCGCCACCAGAAUCACAUUCCACAACGUCACCGUCAACAAAGGAGAUGUCUUGAAGAUCGUGGGCGUGGCAGACGGCGUUGAGCCCGCGCCGCUGGAUUAUAUCUCGGUCUUGCCUGCGGGAGUGGUUGAUUGA